UGUGGGUGGUGCUAUUGGCGGCCAAUGACCCGAAAACAUGACCUCUAAGUGUAUAUUUACCUUACCCCAGUAGGUCAUGGGUUAUCUGCGAGGCAUAAACGCAUUGUAAAACCGCUAAAGCAGAAAUGUCGACUGGCUUCCAUCUACUGGCUGUUGUAAUCAUCUGGUCACAACGAGCUCAAGCUGCAGACAUCCUCGUGGCGACGAACACGUUCGGCAGCCAUUGGUUGAACCUGGCGAAGAUUGCCGAAGCCUUGACUUCCCGAGGACACAUCGUCACUGUGGUAGCUCCUGCCAGUGAAAAGAGCGACCUGACGACGAAAUGGCCGAGCUUCCGCUAUGAAACGUUUGGUGAUCCCGAAAAAGCACCAUUGUUUAUCGAGGUCUUGAAAAAUACUCCACCAGAGAUAAUGUUCCAGGUAUUGACUUCAAUUACUUGGCUGGAUUCCCAUAUGAUGAUGAAUGAAGCUGCUACAGAUGACUGCCAGAACAUGUUGAGUGACAUUCAGCUGCUGAGGAGACUGAAGAACAGCCAUUAUAACGUAGUUCUGACGUAUCCGGGGAUGUCAUGUGGGUCCCUCGUGGCUCAGUACUUGGACCUGCCUCUGGUCUGCACGCUGAUGUUUAUGCCGUUUGUACUCGUCGUCUUUUGUUGUCAUGUUACAGAGAUCCAGGCCACCGGCGUUCCAAAUCCUGUAUCCUACAUACCAACAGUAAUGUUAGGACUGACUGAUCAGAUGACCUUCUUACAGAGGGUCAAGAACACGCUGGUUUACUUCGGGCUGACCAUCAUGGGACAAGUAAUUGCUGAAAGGGGAUUCGACGCCAUUGCAAGCAGGACCAUUGGUAGCAACUUCACCAUAUUUUCUGCAUUGGCAAGAACAGACGUGUGGCUGUACCAAACAGGCGUCAUGUUUGACUACCCCAAACCCACCAUGCCAAAUAUGGUCAGCAUAGCAGGUUACAUGGCUGAUGAGGCCAAGCCGCUCAGUGAGGAUCUCGAUAGUUUUAUGCAGAGCUCUGGAGAUGCCGGGGUGGUGAUUGUAACGUUCGGCAACUUGAUAACGGUUAUGCCCGCAGAGAGAGCCGAGAUGCUGGCCGCUGCCUUUUCCCGUCUGCCGCAGAAGGUCGUGUGGCGCAACGCUGGAACACCACCGCCAAGUCUGGGGCCGAACACCAGGAUCAUGGAGUGGCUUCCUCAGAGCGACUUACUGGCUCAUUCCAAGACAAAGGCGUUUGUAUCUCAUUGCGGUUAUAACAGCAUAUCAGAGGCCAUGUACCACGGGGUACCGCUGGUCGGCAUGCCUCUGUUCGCGGACCAACACGAGAACAUCGCCCGGGUGGUGGCCCGCGGGAUGGCGGUGACUCUGGACAUUCAUACCGUCACGUCAGAGGAGGUUUACCAGGCCAUCACUGCCGUUAUUUUUAAUCCCAAGUACAAGGAGAAAGCUAAACGAGUUUCUACAAUCCUCCGAGACCAGCCACAGCCGCCCAUGGAGCGGGCAGUCUGGUGGAUAGAACACGUCAUCAAACAUGGCGGCCUCCCUCAUCUCAGGUCAAGGGCAACCGAACUACCCUUCUACCAGUACUAUCUGUUAGACGUCCUGGCUCUGAUUGUGUCAGUUCUGGCCGUGAUCUUGUUAGCUGGUUGGAAGUGCUGUUUGUGUGCAUGUAGCAGGUGCAAGUGGGGUAGAAACAACAUAAUAAAGAAAACUAAUUAACCCCAACAGAAACGUACCUGGACAUUUAUUACAUCGUCACUGUCCUCUCUAUCUGCUUCCAUUUAAACGAGACGCGUGAUUUGAACUGCAAGACUAGUGUAAAAUUCAUAAUAUCGUUAUGUAUAAUAUAAGACAUACGGAAUGGUGGGGGUUAUCCUGCUUAUAGUUAUUGUUAAUUAUUAUAUAUCCAGAAGACGUAGACCAAUCAGAAGUCCCUUUUUUGGUG